AUGGAUGAUGCAGCAGGCACCAAUGAUAUAGUCGAAAUUCGGCGUCCCAUUGUAGAGGCAAUACCAGUUCGUGCGGUGGACAAGUACAUGUGGAUGGAAGGUGACUAUCUGAAGGUGUGCGAACGGGGACGUCUUAAAGGAGCCGAAGAGGAGUUUUGGAGGCAGUUGAUCGAAGCUUAUUUGAAGCCAAUCGAGUCAUCACCGCAGCAGCAGAGCGCAAUAGCAGAGGGUUUAGCGUCAUUGCGUAACAAUAUCGCCUUCGCCAUUAUUCUUCUUAACGCUCUUCUCGCUCUCGCAAUUUAUCUCAUCCAGAAACAUAAGAAUGUGCUUAGUAUUCGCUGGACACCUUAUCGGAACUUCAAGUGGACGAAAAUGAACGAGCUGACCGGUCAGUACGAAGUGACCAAAGAUCCUCUCAAGAUUGAUCCAUUGGGAAUGACAAUCAUUGUGUUCCUUCUUGGAAUUCUCGUAGUUCAGACGAUAGGUAUGCUUAUCCACCGCCUUAACACCAUGAUCGGAGCCUUCCAAGAAGUGAAUCAAUUGCAUGACCUAGUACCGACCUGGAAGUCGAAUAAAACUGAUGAUGAGCGUGUUUUAACUGCCGCUCGUCAGAUGACAGACACAACUUCGUACGCGCAAAGUCAUGCAGCAGACGGCUACACCAGACAUCGCGAACUUGACACAGAUAACGAAUCGGUACUCUACAAGCUUCAGCGAGCUCGUCUGGCGAAGCGUAUGCAGAAAGCGGAGGCGAAAAGAAUCAGGUUUAAAUAG